UGCGUUCGUGGGGCAGGUGUUCACCAUGCUCGACCCCUCUGGGAACGGGCUCAUGGCCGUCACCACCCGCUUCGAGCUCCCGCGCUUCCUCACAAACAGGACUCCUACAUGGUUCAAAAAGAUUCUAUCACCGUUGAAGAAGAGUGAAAAUGGCCCAGUAUUUAGGUUUUUUAUGGAUUUGAAUGAUGCAGUAUCCUACGUUAAGCGGCUAAAUGUGCCAAGUGGCAUGGUGGGAGCUUGUCGCCUUGAUGUAGCCUAUGAACACUUCAAGGAAAAGCCUCACAUGUUCCAGUUUGUUCCAAAUGAAAAGCAGGUAAAAGCUGCCAAUAAGCUGCUGAAAUCACUUCCACAAAGGGGCAGAAGGAAAAGACUUGGUGGUGUCCCUGUUUUUAGUGCUCAAAACCUAAACAUUGCAGUGGCAACAAAUGAUGGAAUUAGAUGGUACACACCGUAUUUUUUUGAUAAAAACUUGUUGGACAAUAUUCUUGAAGCUUCAAUGGAUCAACAUUUCCAUUCAAUAAUGCAAAAUCGCCAUAAGCAACGUAGAAGAGAUAUCGUUGAUGAUAGUUUAACAUCAGAAAUAAUUGAAGAAAGUGCUGAUAGCUUGCUUGAACCCCCAGAGGUGCAAGAAUUGAUGAAUGAGAUUGGCCCAGCUGGAAUACCAUUAAAUGUUGUAACAAAAGCUGCAGAAAUUCAGCUUCUUGAUGUUGUUGAUAAAGUUCUUCUAGGAAAUAAAUGGUUGAGAAAAGCUGCCGGCAUACAACCACGGUUCCCUUAUGUUGUUGAUUCAUUUGAAGAAAGGUGCAGGACUGCUGUUUCGAUUGCCAACAUAGCUACUACCAGCAGCUUUACUGCUUCAAAUGAUAGCUGCUGCCAAAAUGACCAGCAAUCUCAAUCUUCAGAUCCAAGUAUUGAGAACAGCUACAGAAGUCACAGUAACCAAGAUCAUAAUCAAUUUCACUUUCCAUUUAGCAAUCUGCUUCCAAAUAUAUGGCCAGGGCAUGACAGAAAGUUUAAAGAACAAGAAAGCGACAGCAAAUUUAGCAGAUAUGAUGCUGACAUGAAAACUGAUUUACAAUCAAACCCUCUUCUCCCCAAGAUCACCAUGGUUGGCAUCUCAAUGAGUGAAGGUGGACAGAUGAGCAAGGCCAACUUAAAGAAGACAAUGGAAGAUUUGACAAAAGAAUUAGAGCAAACGAGUGAAAAAAAUACCUUCGGCGACGAGAAAGACCCACUUUUUGUUGCCAACGUUGGUGACUAUUCAAGGAUAACAAAGAUUAGCUCUACAUGAGGCUUAUUGAUGUACAGUAGGAGUGUUCUGUACAUAAUGAAAUUCUAACCAAUCUGGGUUUAUGUUGAUACUGAUCUCAGAUGGCCCUACUGAUAUAGUGAUGUAAAUUGGAGCCUGCCAGCAUAUCAUGUUCAGGGUCUAUAUAGUUCAUGUUGAUACUGAUCUUAGAGGCCAGGACCCUACUGAUAUAGUGAUGUAAAUUGGAGGAAGCCAGCAGAUCAUGCGCUCAUUCCAUUGUCGGCAGCUAUCAUGCUCAGAGUCUGUAGUUCAUGUUGAUACUGAUCUUUAGAGGCCAGGGCCCUACAGAUAUAGUGAUGCGAAUUGGACGAAGCCAGCAGAUCAUGCGCUCAUUCCAUGGUCUACAGUUCUGAAUUCAGGAGGCAAUCCAAUGUCAGUAUGCACGUUCCAUUGCCAGCACUACUGACUCCAGGAGGCAAUCCAAUAUCAGCACACAGAUUCCAUUGUUCAAAGUUCUGACUUCAGGAGGCAAUCCAACUUCAUUAUGGCCUCCACUGAAUGGUACAAGAUAAAUGUGCCAGGGAGUAGCAUGGAUAUUACUAUGCUAUUUAGAAUUUUGGAGAUGAUGAUUUGUCGAAGGAUGUUUUUGUGAAUAUAAAAGUAAAAUAUAUUCUCAUGUAUGUGGUAUGUACAAACAUGCAACAAGGCGUUGAAAUAACAAUAACAUGUUAGGGUGUAUUCCUUUGUGGAUA